AUGGACGGCGCCCACAGGAGGUGAGUUCUUCUCGGCUUGCAGUGCCUACUACCGCUCCCGUCUGGUCCUGUCGUCUUUCUCUGCAGGCAUGUCACUGAUCGCGGACCACUGCAGACCACAGCUGCCCGCACUCAGCUAUCUCGACGUCGACAAAGUCAAGCGCGAGGACGAGGCGUAUCACGCUCGCAACGCUGGCACCCCACAAAGUUUGUCGACCAGCGCUGCUGCCAGUCCUACCUAUCCCUACCCGUCAGGCCCGCCUCCGCCCUACAGCCACGCUCACAGUGCGCCGCCGCCAGCACAGCACGCAAACAGCUGGCCAGCACCGCAGCCGGCCGUACACACUCCUCCUGAGUCACGCCGGACGAGCGAGAAUGAGAGGGAAGGUGCCAAACAGAGUACGAGGCAAUCGCUGCCCUCGAUUUCCGAGGCCUUGGGUGUGGACAGUCAAACAGCUUUCGCAUCCACCGCUGCCCCGUCAGCUGCUCUCCCUCAACCACAAUCGGCAUCGGGUCCACCUGCAUCGCCAUCACCUACAUCCAGGCGAUCAUAUCCCAUGGAGCCGCCCCAGGGCCCGCCGACAUCGUUCCCGAGCUCUACGGUUCAUACACCAUUUCCCCAGUAUCGCCCAGAGCCUCCGCCGCCACAAACGUAUCCUCCACCCCCGGAAGCAGCCAGAGCUCCCGCUGCGUAUCCACCUGCCCACGAGACGAAGCCCCCUCUCCAGCUGCAGACAUCACAGGCUCCUUCACGACCGGCUCCCGCUACAUUCCCUCGGCCGCCGGAACCCUCGCCAGCGUUUGAUCAUCCAGCCUCGCAUUCAGCCGGGUCAAUGGGUCCCCCGAGUAGCUUCCCGUAUGGGUAUACCCCGUAUCCGCCCAGAUACGCAAUUCCAACCCCUCCUUCCAGCGUUUCCUCCGGUCCUAUUUACCAGCCCUCAGCCGUGUACGGAGCCGCACAGCCGCCUUCAUCUGGGUGGAAAUCGGAGUCUGCUUCACGAUACGACGAGAGGCACCCUGGACAGGCGCAAUACAGUGACAACGUCAAACGCCACCUAGACUUCUACGAUCUCGAAGCGGCGCUGAACGAUGUAAGUGCACCUACCUACAAUGAGCGCGAGUACGAUGCUAAUCUCGGCCAGAUCGCCUCGACCAGUGGCAUCCUGAGCGACUUUUCUCGCCGAUAUGGUGAUCGAAUGCAUCAGACCCAGCGGUCUGGAGCUUCACUCUCGACUCUCCCGGGACUUGUGGAAGUCGACGACAUGAUCACAAAGUCUCGUGUGCAACUGGACGCGCUGAUGAAGAUUCGCGAUGUUGUCCUUCAACAGCAAGCAGUGUACGAGCAACAAGCCGCGGAUCAACGUCACCAGCAGAAGGCCUUUGGCGAGACAUCUCAGCCUCCGCCGGAUUCGCAUCAUGGCGAGAGCGAAGACCACAAAGCUGGCGGAUUUGCGGGCGUCGACACGAAGAAACGCAGAGGUCGCGCGGCGCCACCAGGCCGCUGCCACAGCUGCAACCGGGCUGAGACUCCGGAAUGGCGACGCGGCCCCGAUGGGGCGAGGACGCUGUGCAAUGCCUGCGGGCUGCACUACGCGAAACUGACGAGGAAAAACAAUGGCGCCAACAAAAACACGAGUGUUGGCAGCUCCAACCUGCGGCCCAAGGAGAAUAUGCUGCAGUAG